CAAAAAAUUAAGUUGACGUAAAAAAAAAAUAUUUUUGUAUUAGCUUUUUUAUGCUAACAAUUUUAUAAAGCCUUUUUUACAAUUUUUUUAAGUUUUUUGUAUUUAUACUGGUCUCUCGUCCCUGUUUUGAACCGCAAGCAACCAUGGCACGUAUGCUGACCGCACAUGAUAUUUUCAUGCUCAAGUUCAUGAACAAUUCGGAGCGCAAAAGUGUCUACCGGCAAAUAAAGGAUCUUGUCAAGAAGGCACAUAACGUCUCAAAGAAGGAAUUGGAGCAGCGACGCAAACGAUUGCACUUGCAGCUGGAGCAUGACGCCCAUGUCUAUCAGGAGGAGUUCGCCAUCAAGGUUAAGUCGCGUAUCGACGAAGAUAUCCAAAAGCGCAAGGAUGUUCUGCUCAAAAUCAAGGAGCAGCGCGAUCAACAGGACAAAGAAUUCUUGGAACAGAUGAAGAUACGCCGACAUCUUUCGGAUUGCUUUGAGAUACGCGACGCAUUGAAUCACAAAGAAAUGCUACAAGUUAAGGAAACACAACUCGAGCAAAUAACGGAGAAGCAACGCGCCUUUGUGCGUGCUAAUGAGAUUGAUAAGUAUUGGCAAAAAGUGUGUAUGACCAGAGAGCAGCAUCAGGAGAAACUGCUGGAGGGCGAAAAGAACUUGAUCAAAUGUAUGCAACGUCGCACGUGCGACAUAUUAGAUGCACAAGUUGCCGAACACAAGAGGCAGCGUGAGGAAGAACUUGAGCAGAAACGUAUAGAAGGCGAACGCGUGAGGAAAAACAUGGAAGAAAUACGUUUGGAGAAAUUCGAUCGUCCACGUACGUCGACGCAGACGCUCGCCUACCGCGAGGACCUGCUGAAUAUGAUCGCCGAGAAAACGGCCGAACGCAAGGCUGAAGAGCGCGAACGCAUGGCCGAACAUCGUGCGCUCAUGCAGGAGAUAGCUAAGGAAGAGCAGCAACAUAGCAGUGCACUGGUACAGCGAAAGCGCGCCGUCUAUAAAGCCACGAUGGAGUACAUCGACUAUGCGCGACGCAUGCAUAAACUGGAGGAAGACGCCGAGGCUGCGCGCAAUGCACGCAUCGACGAUUUGAAACAUGUCGACGAAUGCGUCAAACUGAAGGCGGAGCUAAAACACAAGGCGGAUCUGGCAGCGCUCUACUAUACCGAGUUGCGACGUCAAAUGUGCGAGGAGUACGAGCGGCGACUGCGCGAGGCGCAGGAACAACGCGAAGAUAAGAUCAUUGAAAAUCGCUUUGCGCGGUCACAAAAGUCAAGGGCUGACAUUAAAGCGGAUCAGCGGAAAAUGCGCGAGGACCUUGAUCGCCUAUUGGCCGAAAAUGUCCGCAUACAAGCUGAAGAGGAGGCCAAAUAUAAUAAACAUUUGCUGAUAAUAUCGGAAGAUAGGAACUUUUGCAAGAAUCUGGCGGAGCAAUACAUCACCGAGAGAAAGGACUAUCUGCCGAUACAUCCCAAUUGGGUUAUUUAUUCGUGCCCGCGGAAGCAGUAUGUCGCCAAGUGUGGUGACGUUUUGGACCAAAUGAAUACGUGCAUAAGGCCGUGUGCCUGUGGCGCGCGCACUUACAACGACUGCGUACAACACAGCUUUCUAACGCAACUGAAACGUGGACCGAAUGCCGAUAAAAUGCUGUCGCUGAAAAAUGAUUGUUGGGCACAGGGAUGAGAGAUCGUGUUUUUAAAAACUUUUAGAUGUAAAACUAUGAGGCAAAAUAAAAACCGAAAAAUUAUGAACUUA